GCAGGCGUGUCUUCCCUUUCCAUUAUGUCUCUCGCUUCAACGUUGAGUGCCACGCCGUUGAGCUUAUUGACCUUGCUUCCAGUGGCAUUGGCUGUAUACUUUGUCGGCAUAGUUGUGUACAGACUAUAUCUACACCCACUUGCGAAGUAUCCUGGUCCAUUCCUGGCCAAGAUCACGGAUCUCCAUCAGACCUAUCAUGCGUUGAAAGGAGAUCGACAUCUCGAGUUCUGGAGAUGCCACGAGAAAUAUGGCCCAGUUGUGCGUUUCGGACCCAACAGCUUGUCUUUCAAUAGCAAUACCGCAUUGAAAGAGAUCUAUGGCUUCAAGUCCAAUGUGCGGAAGGCAGACUUCUACCAGGCUUUUUGGGCGAGCAAAGAUGCUUUCAGCACUCAUAGCUCUAUAGACAAGUCCGUCCACGCCAGGAAACGCCGAGUUCUCAGCCAGGCCUUUUCAGAUGCCGCCAUCAAGUCAAUGGAGAAUCAUAUUCUGGCUCACGUACGCCAAUUCUGUCAGAACCUUGGAGGCUUGACGACAUUCGGAAGUGUUCCAAAUUCCGAGAGCAAAGGUUAUGGUGAGCCAAUUGAGAUCUCCGAUCAGGCCAAUUACCUUACCUUCGACAUCAUGGGCGAUCUCUGCUUUGGUAAAGCUUUUGGCAUGCUGGAGCGCCCCGGGAAUCGCUUCGCAAUCGACCUCAUCGGAAACGCAGCUCAUCGACAUCUGAUCUGCGGCACGUAUCUGCCCAUCCACGAGUGGCAUCUUGAUAAAUUUCUCUUCCGCAAGAUUGCAGCCGGACAUCGAAAGGACUUCUUCUACCAUCUGCUGAAGGCCAAAGAUCCAGAGACUGGAAAUGGGUUCACUACUCCAGAGCUUUGGGGAGAGUCAAACCUCCUCAUCAUUGCUGGAUCGGAUACGACGUCGACUGCCCUAGCUGCGACGAUCUUCUACUUGGCACACAAUUCUUCGAAGCUGCAGAAAGCGAAUGAAGAAGUAAGAGGAGCGUUUAGCAACGUCGAGGACAUCAACAUCGGGCCCACACUUGGCUCGCUGCAGUACAUCCGUGCUUGCAUUGAUGAGGCUAUGAGACUCUCGCCGUCAGUUGGCGGACUUUUGCCUCGACAAGUGCUUCCUGGCGGAGUGGAAAUCGAUGGACAGCUCAUCCCAGAGGGUACGAUUGUUGGCGUACCCCACUAUUCCAUCCAGCACAAUGCCUCGUACUAUCCCGAGCCUUUCGUGUUCCAACCAGAACGCUGGAUCGCAAACCCUGGUUGUGGAGUGACUACAGAGUCCGUGGCUUUGGCGCAAUCGGCAUUCUGUCCUUUUAGUAUUGGCCCACGAGGAUGCAUUGGCAAAGGUAUGGCAUAUCACGAGCUUACCCUGACCCUAGCACGCAUGCUGUUUCUGUACGACAUGCGUUUGGCUCCAGGAAGCAAUCUUGGAGAAGGAAGACCAGAUUUGGAGCAUGGACGGCGAAGAGCGAGUGAGUUCCAACUGAAGGACACAUUCACGAGCAUGAAGAGUGGCCCGAUGGUGCAAUUCAGAGCGAGACAAUGAGAAGAUUUUAUGUCCAUGAAAUCGAUGCCACAGGAGUAUGAGUGCGUUCCUAAUAAGAAAUAUUUCCACUCGU